AAUUUUUUAUCCUUUGGGGUAGAAUAAUGUGGCUCUAUCAGAGGACAUGUAUUAUGAAUACUUUGGAUUACUAAUUGAUUAAGGAUACUGAUUAACAGUGAUUGGACAUCAAGGGAGAUUACUAAAUGGUAAGGUGGAACAUGAAUGUCUUGAAAUUUGGUAAACACGUUUUUCGAUUCAAGUGGUCCCAGAGAAAGUGGAUCAUACCAACUUCACGAAAAUCAUCCGCCAUUCUUACGACAUUGGUGUAGGGACUUUUCGUUGCACUUUUAAGUUUAAUGUCCAAAUCAGGGGACUCAACUGUCAAUGAAACUCUACAUGUGUUUGCAUACAUGCUGUUGUAACAUUUGUUUGUAACUGCGGUUGGCAUCACUUUUAUUUGUUUUGUUUUCUGUCAACAUGUUCGAAAUUGCACUCUUGAACGCUUGGAAGCAUAUUAACAAUUUUUUGUUGCAUUUGGCAUUUUGGUAUAAUAUUCUCAUUCCAUUAUUGGUUUUUGAUUUUGUAAACCAGAUAUUUGAUACAAUAAUGAAUAGUUUAAAUAAACAAUAGUUUAAGCGUGUAUAAAUCUCGCAUAAAAAUCGUGUUAAAUUAUGAAUAUUAAAUAGUGCAGCAAGAUUUAAUGUUAUUACCGUACUUUGGAAUAUAAAAGAGAAAGGAUGAUGAAGACAAAUUCCGAACAUACAUGUGAAGUGGCAUAUGUAUUCCAGUACAAUACAAAAAUAAACCUUGUUAAGUCACUUGUCAGUGUCUGGUUUCGUGAAGAAGAAUUCAGAUUGCACACUUACCUCAAGAUUACACGGAUUACGCACAGGCAGGUCAAGAGAUUACGGAGAGAUUAUGGUUUGCAUGUAGCACACAAGGGAUUCGAAAUGCCCCCAACGCCUAAUACACCGCUGUAUACAUUGAUGUCUUACAGUUCUACUGACAAGCACCAGAGAAGUAAAACGUCCGAGUUCGACUCCUUGAAAUGUAACUGGAGAAUGAGAAAGCAGAUUGUGUCGGCGAUAAGGGCUGACCUGAUACAUGGCGGCGACGACACGCGAGCGAAGCAGCGCAGCGGCUCAGUGCAGCGCUGCGCGUGCGCGCACCCUGUCCUGCUGGGCGCGCCGCGCACGAGGAAAGGCGGACAGGCGCGCGGCGGCCUGGACGCCACGACUCGCCCCGCCACACCGCCACGCCAGCGCGUUACGCCACCCCGUCCAGCCAGCGCGACCAAUCGCGGAGAACACGCGCAGCGGCAGCGACCACGCUGGCAGCGACGCAUACGGAACCAGCACAAUCUUAUCCUGAAGUAUUUAUGGAUACUUAACCACAUCGUCGUUGAUGGUAGUCAACCUCCUCUGUGA